AUGAUGCGCCUCCACACCUCCUCGCAUUUCUCGACACUUAGAAACGAUUUCCAUGCCUCCUUUCUGGAAUUUGUGGGGACAUUUGUCUUCCUCUUGCUGGGUUUAGGCGGAAUUCAAGCAGCCCAGUCCCUCUCCGACCCAGACACCUCAGCAGCGAUGACCGAAAAUCUCCCUCCAAUGGCAUCGGACACCCAACGCUACCUAUACAUCUCCACAUCUAUGGGCUUCUCUCUCCUUGUCUCAGCAUGGUUAUUCUUUAGAAUCACCGGCGGGUUGUUUAAUCCCAACGUAUCUCUUUCAUUGAUGUUGGUGGGCGCGAUCCGACCAGUGCGGUGUGCCAUGUAUUGCAUCGCACAGUUGGCGGGAGCCAUCGCAGCCGCGGCGGUGGUGCGAGGCUUGACGGAAGGGCGUUUAAGGGUGAACACGGCUCUCGGGCCCAGAACAUCGCCCGCCCAAGGCGUUUUCAUCGAAAUGUUCAUCACUGCCGCCUUAGUAGUCUCUGUGCUGAUGUUAGCAGCAGAGAAGCAUCAGGCUACCCCUUUCGCGCCGAUCGGAAUUGGGUUGACCCUAUUCUCCGGCCACCUUUUUGCCGUGUAUUACACCGGUGCGGCAAUGAAUACUGCAAGGUCCUUUGGACCGGCGGUCGUUACGGGAUUCCCUGACUCGCACCAUUGGGUGUAUUGGCUUGGCCCGUUCCUAGGCUCCCUGCUGGGCUCGGCGUUUUACGGUCUUCUUAAGCACUAUCGUUACUGGGUUUUAGUCGUUGAUGAGGUUACCGAUGACCAACCGAAGCUAGUUGAAGAUCCUACGGCGACGUUUGUUGACAAGUCGCCGAGACUGAGCGAACAACAGUGCUCGCGCCCACGGGGUCCCUUAAGCUUACAGCCCACUACCACGGAUUCCAACACGGAUGGAUCCGACGAUGGCAAGACUCCGUGCACGGAAAAGGCCUCCGUGGGUUCAUCGUCUUUGCUUACUCCGAAUGUCGCCCCUGCGUUGAGCGAGCACGGACUCGGGGUGGCGGAAAUCAGCGAAGAGGCAGGGUUCGCAAGGGGGAAGGAGAGCAACAGGUGCCCAGUCUGA